AUGUGGAUCAAGGCCUGUGGCAUAGGUCCGGCCACGCACACACACGCCCGUCGCCCGAGAGGCGUCACCACCGCCGCUCCUCCAGGCAUGGCUACGUGUCUCGCACGCUCCUCCAGACACACGACAUGGACCCAAAUGCCUUGCCAAGCGACAGGACGACAUUUUGCGGGGGAAGGUUGUGUGCCGAAUGGAGAACCGACGGCCCGGCAUCUGAAGUCCCUCCGGGGCCCCGCGCAGUCCGUCCCGGGGCUGCCACAAGCGGACCGGAUAUCGUGGCGGCCACAUCACGGGCAUGCGGAGGUGGCACUCUGUUCAAACAAGGCCGCGUGA